GCUCUCACCGCGGAGGUGGGAGACGGGGCCCUGACGCCAGGUGCCGGAGCCGUCUGUGAGCGUGGCCGUCCCGCGCCUCUCCGCGCCGGAGGAUGCGGGAGCGCAUCUGGGCGCCGCUGCUGCUGCUGCUGCUCCCGCCGCCACUGUGGGGCGGCCCCCCGGACAGCCCGCGCCCGGAGGCGCAGCGCGAGCCCGGGCCUCUGCAGCCCUUCGACCUGCUCUACGCCAGCGGCGUGGCCGCCUACUACAGCGAGGACUACGAGCAAGCGGUGCGCGACUUGGAAGCGGCGCUGCGCAGCCACCGGCGUCUGCGGGAGGUCCGCGCGCGCUGCGCCCGCCACUGCGCCGCGCGCCGCCCGCUCGCGUCCCCCGGCGCGGGCCCCGCGGCCGAGCUGCCCUUCUUCCGCGCGCUGCUGGAGCGGGCGCGCUGCUAUCGCAGCUGCCAGACCCAGCGCCUCGGGGGCCCCGCGUCCCGCCACCGCGUCAGCGAGGAUGUGCGCAGCGACUUCCAGCGCAGAGUGCCCUACAACUACCUGCAGCGGGCCUACAUCAAGCUUAACCAGCUGGAAAAGGCAGUGCAAGCAGCCCACACGUUUUUCAUGGCCAACCCUGAGCACAUGGAAAUGCAGCAGAACAUCGAGAAUUACAGAACAAUGGCCGGUGUUGAAGUACUCCAGUUGGUAGACCGAGAAGCCAAACCACAUCUGGAGAGUUACAGUGCAGGAGUUAAACAUUAUGAGGCUGAUGACUUUGAGCUAGCUAUCAAGUACUUUGAACAAGCUUUAAGAGAAUAUUUCAGUGAAGAUAUGGAGUGCAGAGCCCUGUGUGAGGGGCCUCAGAGAUUCGAAGAGUAUGAGUACUUAGGGUACAAAGCUGGCCUCUAUGAAGCCAUUGCAGAUCACUAUAUGCAGGUGCUGGUUUGUCAGCACGAAUGCGUCAGGGAGCUUGCCACCCGCCCUGGCCGCCUCUCACCAAUUGAGAACUUUCUUCCCCUGCAUUAUGACUACCUACAGUUUGCCUACUAUCGAGUUGGCGAAUAUGUGAAAGCCUUGGAGUGUGCUAAAGCUUAUCUUCUCCUCCAUCCGGAUGAUGAGGAUGUACUAGACAAUGUGGAUUACUAUGAGAGCCUGCUAGAUGACAGCAGUGACCCAGCAUCCAUUGAGGCCAGAGAGGAUUUGGCAAUGUUCGUGAAGCGUCAUAAACUGGAAUCGGAACUAAUAAAAUCAGCUGCAGAGGGUCUGGGAUUUUCAUACACAGAGCCAAAUUAUUGGAUCCGAUAUGGAGGACGACAGGAUGAGAAUCGGGUCCCUUCAGGAGUGAACGUGGAGGGGGCAGAAGUUCAUGGAUUUUCAAUGGGGAAAAAAUCAUCACCCAAGAUAGAUCGAGACUUAAGAGAGGGUGGUCCUCUGCUCUACGAGAACAUCACGUUUGUCUAUAACUCAGAGCAGCUGAACGGGACCCAGAGGGUUCUCCUGGAUAACGUCCUGUCGGAAGAACAGUGCCGGGAGCUCCACAGCGUGGCCAGUGGAAUCAUGCUCGUUGGUGAUGGAUACAGAGGGAAAACUUCACCCCAUACACCCAAUGAAAAGUUUGAAGGUGCCACUGUCCUGAAAGCACUCAAGUUUGGUUAUGAAGGCCGAGUCCCACUGAAGAGUGCCCGUCUGUUUUAUGACAUCAGCGAGAAGGCUCGAAAGAUUGUAGAAUCCUAUUUCAUGCUGAACUCAACCCUGUAUUUUUCCUAUACACACAUGGUCUGCCGAACAGCCCUGUCUGGUCAGCAGGAGAGAAGAACUGACCUCAGUCAUCCCAUCCAUGCUGACAAUUGCCUGUUGGAUCCUGAGGCCAAUGAAUGCUGGAAGGAGCCUCCUGCCUACACAUUCCGGGACUACAGCGCUCUCCUAUAUAUGAAUGAUGACUUUGAAGGAGGAGAAUUCAUAUUCACUGAGAUGGAUGCCAAGACUGUGACUGCCUCUAUCAAACCAAAGUGUGGGCGCAUGAUCAGUUUCUCUUCCGGAGGAGAGAAUCCGCAUGGAGUGAAGGCAGUCACCAAGGGCCAGAGGUGCGCUGUGGCUCUGUGGUUUACCUUGGAUCCACUUUAUAGAGAAUUGGAGCGAAUACAGGCCGAUGAAGUGAUCGCAAUUCUGGAUCAAGAACAACAAAGGAAGCAUGAACUGAAUAUCAACCCCAAAGAUGAGCUAUAAAAAUGAGGAAAGAAAAAGUUCUAUCAGAUAUUUAUUUAAAUUGUUAAUCUUAUGAGAACCUUUUUUAUUUUUGUACAGAGCCAUGGUAUAAAUUAACAGGUUAAUCCG